AUGGCCUCCCGACCAGUAAUCGAAUACUACUUCUCCUUUAUCUCCCUCUGGUCCUACAUCGGCAGUAAACACUUUCACCACCUCGCCAAGCAACACAAUGCCCACAUAAUCUACAAACCCGUCGACCUAAUGCACACUUUCUCCGUCUCGGGCGGUCUCCCCGUCAAACAGCGCUCACCUCAACGCCAGGCUUACCGACUCCUUGAAAUGAAACGAUGGUGUCAAAUCCGAAAUAUCCCUAUUGUGCCACAUCCGAAAUUUUACCCUACAAAUCCAUCGUUGGCGCAUAGAGUGUUUUUAGCGGGGAUUGAGGAAUUGGGGAAUGAUCAUGAGGCGAUACAGAGAUUUGCGCAUAUAGGUUUACAAACUGUUUGGGCGGAUGAGGGGGAUAUCGCGGACCCGGAAACUAUAGCGCGUAUCGCGUCGGAGGCGGGGUUAGAUGGAGAGAGAUUGUUGCGGCGUGCUCAGACGGAGGAUUCAUUGGCAGAACAGGAGGCUACCCUGGUAAGGGAGAUUGAUUCGAGGAGGUAUUUUGGUGCACCUGUUUAUGUGUAUCGCGACGAGCCUUUUUGGGGUCAGGAUCGGUUGGAGAUGUUGGAUGAUGUGAUUAAGACGGAUGUCAGUAUGGCAUUCCGUCUCCCAACCCACGCUCCUCCUCGUCGCCAGACGUCCUAUUCCACUUCUGAACGACCGGUACUCGAAAUCGACACUCAUACUUCUCAACACCAACAGCAACUAGAUGACGAUUCCAAAGAAUGGAUUCUCUUUUCUCCCUCCCAAGCUGCCUCGACAACCACACGCACCCGGAGUGACUCCACCGAGCGAACGGCACGGACCGCUGGUGUCUCGCGACUGAGUGAUUUUGGCUCUUUCAAUGCAGUUACGCAAGCGGAUUCGGCGGAUAGUACCUCUGUUGACGCAUUGGACGAAGAAGCAACGGAACUGGACAGUUUGGACGAUGGUCUCCCCGAUUUCCGUGAAAACAUCUUGCAAGACAGCAAUGAUUACCCCGUGCUGCCCACUCAUGAUGGGCUAGGGUCAUUUCAUGCAUCGGGACAACAAGUUCAAGAACAAUUAUGGAGAUACGAGCAGUAUAAUCCCCGACGCUCCGCGGAUGCCGGCCCUACGCGUCGAUCAAGUCUGCAAAAUCAUUUGGAGACGGUGGACGAGCUAGAAUCACUCGCUGAUCGAGAGCGGUGGCAGCGGAUUGAGAAGUGGAGAACAGAACAGAGUCGCAUAUUGUUGCAGGAGAUUGAGCGAGAGACAAGACGGCGUCAAAGACGUAAUAGUCGCGGCAGUGUUGGGACUACUUCUCGCAGACCUGGCAAUGAGGUUUUGGGUAGUAUCUCCGAGACAAAGGCAAUGGAUACAUCGAGCGUGUCUUCGGAUACAGCAUCGUCGCCGGGAGAUUCACAGAAAGAAUCUAUCUGGCGCCGCAUAACGCGAAAGGUGAUUCGCGAUUUGAUGGGCAUAGAUGAAUCUAUUCUCUCGGUGAUUUUGGGAGAAUCUUUGGUUGACGAUGUCCACUUGACAUCAUACAUUGAUGAAGAAUCUCAUCCCGAUAUUCGUGAAAUGCAAGAAGCUAUCAGAGAUGUCCCUACGACGAGUACAUCUGCCGACGACCAUGUAUGGCAGCAGCGUCUAAUUGAAAGGAUUGCAAGGGAACUUGGUGUUCUCGUUCAUCAAAUCUGGGAACACCCAGGGGCAUUUAGUACAUAUUUAUGUUCGGACGAUCCAAGCGAAUAUUACGCUGGUAUACCAGUGACGACUUCGCAGCCAUCAAUACAACGCAACACAAGAACGGCUCGAUCCGAACCGCCACCUCCGAUAGUAUCAGAAGAUAGUAACAUACUCUCUAUAUCUUCACCCCAAUUUAGACCAACCCUUCAACAAGACUCAGUCACCGCUGAACAUGUCGCUCAAUGGGGAAUUGACGACAACGAAAUCGGUACAGCUCAGUCACAAACCAAACGCCCACAAGAACCGACAUCGACAUCUGCACUGGCCAACCCGGAAUAUGAAUACUGGGAACAAGACCUGGAUGUCACCAUGAUAUUUCGUUAUCUCAAGAACCGGUUCCGCCGAGGUGACAACAAUGGGAAUAUCAACACUGCAACAUCUACAUCCCAUUCUACAAACAUAUACAACGAGCAAGACGCCUCCAACCGCGCAGCCGUCAUUCGCCAACAUCACCCCCUCGUAGCGCGAGCCCAUGCCCGCUCCCAAGCACGACAACUAAGUCUACGCGCCCAAAUGCGUGCAGCGGGCAUCUCGACGCCGACUUCUCCAAUAUCCCAUCACCACCAUCACCAUCACAACCAAACAACCCGCUUUGGCCGUCGGCCGAGCUCAAGUUGCGCUAGUCAGAGUACGAAAGUAUCCGCUAGACGCACACACACGGGACUCGGUGGAAGCGGCUCUAGCCGUCAUUACUGGGAUAUAGGCGGUAGUGUGGGUAGUGGUAGUGCAGCUGUAUCUGUCGGUAGACCGGCAGGUGUCGGGACAUGGGGUGAAGUCUAG